UGACUGGACAGACCGCGUAGCCGCCUCUGCCAGUAGUCCGUGUCUCCAAAUCUGAAGCUCAUCUCCCAACGAAGCAGCUCGAACUUGAUUCGCACAGUAAUCGUCCAGCACACUCCGAUGAACAUGUAGAGAUGGAUUUUAUGAAGCUGUUUGGCACUGUUAUCGCCGUUUUGUUCCACCCUGGAUCCGUUUCUAAAAUAAAUGGCCAAAGGAUCUGUCGGUGUGGGACAGAGCGGCCAUGCUACAAGGUGUCCUACAUUCAGGACAGCAGCCGGAGGCUGACCUUUGAGGAUGCCCGACAGGCCUGCAGGUUGGAUGGAGGCGAGCUGCUCAGCAUUGAAACAGAAAGCGAGCAGCGACUGAUAGAGAGGUUCAUACAACAGCUGCAGACUGGAGACGGAGACUUCUGGAUCGGGCUCCGACGUAGCCCACAGCGCUACAGGGCAGGGACCCCAAACCCAGGUUGCCCCUCGCAGUACUAUUGGCUGGAUGGAAGCAAGGCCAAGUUCAGGAACUGGCACUGGGAUGAGCCAUCAUGUGGUAGUGAAAUGUGUGUGGUUCUGUACCACCAGCCGUCCGCACCUCCUGACGAAGAAGGUCAUUUCCUGUUCCAGUGGAAUGAUGACAACUGCAACUCCAAGAACAACUUUGUCUGCAAAUACCCAGAAGAAAAGGUCCCAGUAAUAACUGAUGAAGGAAAGACGGCACAUGCAGUUCCAUCUCUGAGGCCAAACUUAUUUUCAACUACAGAAGGUGAUGAGAGGAUAAAAAUAGUACUACCUGAGCCAUCAGUAUCUCUCUCAGACAACACACUGUAUGUUUCCUACAUCCUUUAUGCGACUAUUCCUGCUCUCCUGCUGGUGCUGUUUGCAGCUGCCGGGUUCUUCUGCUACAAACACCAUGCUAAGAGGAGGAAGACAGAAACAGAAAGCUAUGCCGGCAGAUCAAAACCGUGGAUGUCAACAACAGCUUCACUCUGCCCCAUACAAGGACCGUACGCCUUUAGUGACAUUACCAAACUGCCUCACACUGCUCCGGAGAGCAGCAUGCCAGUAGAUAUCAUGACAAAGUACUCCUGCCCUCCCUCCCAGGACUCCCAGUGUGACGAUUACGAGGAUGUGUCAUGCACAGACAGGGAGAGUGGUUUUGUGACCAAUGACAUCUAUGAGACCUGCAGAGCUCAAAGCCGGCGGUGCCGCAGUCAGACUGGUUGGGUGGAAAACGAGAUCUAUGGAUAACGCUGUUGAUGCCUAUCUGGUCUCUGCAAGUGUCCGUCAACAUCAGAGCAGCUAAACAAUAUGACCCAGCUAGACAGAAGAACACAGUGUGCUCCAUCCCUUUUUUCCUUUGCACCCCACUGUUUACUUGUGUGGUGCUGGAUUACUGAACAGGUGGCUGUGUCGGCCUUGUUAUUUGAACAUAGAUCUAUCUCCUGUGUGCAUCUCCAGUGCUGCUUCCUGAACAUCCAGCAUUCAAAGCUGCAAGUCAGAUUAAUGCUGACUGCAGGGUUUCCCAAAGUUUUGUCAACUGCGACUCCCAAUUUAGGCCCCCGAACUGGCCCAUAACCCCACCAACAGAGUUCUUAAAUUGUCAAACAAAUUGUGAAUCUGAGCAUGGCCUUGGAUUCAAGAAUGAUAGAUGGGCUAUCUGAAAAUAAUCAUAUAUUUCAAAUCUUUUAAAUACAUUUUAUUAUUAAAGAAGAGUCUACAGUUAUGUGUGCAGCUUUUUGAGGCUGUAUCUAGGCACAGUGCUGCUUUGAGUUUAAUGAGUCAGCAUGCUCACAUGCUCACAAAGGCUAAUGACAACCUGCUGAUAUAUAACAGGUAUAAAGUUUACCAUGUUCACCAUCUUACUUUAGUUUGUUGGCAUGUUAACAUUUGCUAAUUAGCACUAAAAACGAAGUACAUCUGAGGCUAAUGGGAAUGCAGGUAUUUGGUUAUACGCCAGAGUAUCAAAUAGAGGAAAAGUAAGCGGGACACCAGAGUUAUUGUAAUCCUGAUGUGAACAUGUGUACCAGAUUUCGUGGCAUUCCAUCGAAUAGUUGUUGCGACACUUAUGGCGGGUGCUAUGUCACUGAGAUACAUCGUCUAGACACCAUGAAUGUCUGUCUAAAAUUUUAUACCAAUCCAUGUAUAAUCGUUCAGAUAUUUCACAGGACAAGUGAAAACUUUGACCCGUUGGAGGCCAUAGAGGAAAAGCGAGAGGAAUACAAAAGUCAUUAGCAUUCAUCCUCAGGGGGCCGUGGAUAUCUGUUUUCAUUGCAGUUCGUCUAAUAGUUGUGGAGAUAUUUCAUUCUGGACCAAACUGGUGGACAGACCAAAAAUGCUAAUAUAUUUCAACUUUAUUUAAUAUAUUUUAUUAUUAAAAAUCCAUCAAACUAAUAUCAGUCAGAGUCAGAAAUCUUAUGUUUGCAACAUAAAGAAAAUAGAUUUUUAUUCCAUUUGACUUGAAUCUAGUUCUUUCCUAUGUCCAGUUUUAACCAUUACCUCUUAAAAAUUAUGUACCAACAGCGUAGAGGCAAAUAGGUAUUAAUGAGCCAGGUCAGUUUGGUGGCGCAGCAGCGCUGCUAUAUUUGGCAUGGUGCAUUACACAUCUAACCCUGGGAAUAAGUGCAAGUUUUGAGGACCCGAGCAAGGUUAGUCAUCUUGUAAACAAUCCACAAUUAAACUACUCAACCGUUUUUCCAAUAACGUCACCAGAUAUUAUGAGACACAAGGACAAAAAGAUUCUGUUGGCUCUCCACUGCUGUGGAGUUGUCCCAUUCAGGCACUAUUCUGACCUACUCUGUAAACGUGAACAGUGGUGUCAGCCCUAUGCAAGGCUUCCUGUUUGGACUCUGAUGUCAGGGAACAGGACAGUACAUGCGGAAAACACUGAUGACAGAACCCUGCUCACCCCAGUAGACCUCAGUGCUGUCGGCUUCCCCGGCUCCACUUGACUGUGUGAGGAACUCGACCCUCCCACUGAUCUGACAAUACAGACACUAUUUAGGAGUGACCAGAUUUGAACAUGCCAUUGAUUUAUUCAUCAGUGUUUGCUUGUAAAAGCAUAUGCCUGUAUUAUAAAUGUGUAAAAAGAUCUUGUUUUUUUUUCUGAGUAUGAACUGAGUGGGCUGUUGGGUCGGUGUCUUGGAAAGAUAUAGUAAGCCCAGUAAGGAGAGGCUGAGUGGGUUCUUGGAGAAUGUUAGACAGGAAAUGCCAAAAGCACAUCUGGAACUCUUACAUUCAGGAAGUCUAUGCGUGACAGCAGAGGCCUUUGGAGCGCUGCUCUGCCCGCCCGCUUAGCAAUCUACUGUUCUCUGCUAGACUGUCACUGCGGGGGCUUAAGAGAACAACACAUGGGUAUGAAUGUGCGGUGUAACUCAAACAUGACAUGAUUUUUGCGUGACAAAUAAAGUUUGGUUACAAGUUAUAGGGGUUGCAUUCCUUAUAUAAUAAUAGUAUGGGUAUAUUCAAAUGUGUUUGUAUUUUUGUAAGUGUGUAGCGGAGUGACAUUAGAUAUGUGUGAAUGUAAAAUGCCUGUUACUAAAGUAUUAACACUGCUGUACUGAGAGCAACUUUUUAAAAAGGAAAUGGUAAACAUUAGACAACAAAGCUCGGGAGUAGGCAGAGAUAACCGGUUAGGGGUAGGAUAAGGUUGGGGCCAGGUUAAGCACCGUAACACACGACUUCUUAGGGUAAGGGUUAAGGUUAGGUUCAGGCUAAGGUAAGGGGGAAACGGACUUCAAUUCCCCCGCAGUCUACUCCCAAGUCUUGGAACCCAGCAGCAGUACAAAGGAAAUGUGUCGCCUUGCUUCAAUUUUCAGUUUCUGCCAACAGAUGGAGCUGUUAUGUAGCUGGACAAGGUGCCUUUGUUGCUAAUAAAAUGUCUGGUUUCACAUGAGGUCCUGCAUGUUACAUUAUAUAAGGGUAUAUGUUAUGACAUAUUAUUUUCGUAUUUUUAAUGGGCAGUGCAUUUUUUUCUGGAUUUU